AUGGGGAACCUCAGCAGAAUAUACCGGAUAGCAUUCCUAGCCGUCAUCGGCGGCGCCCUCUUUGGCUUUGACAUCUCGUCCAUGUCAGCUAUCAUCUCGACACAGCCGUACUUGUGCCAGUUCAAUGAACGUGGCUUUGAUGAGAAGGGCCAGUGUUUGGGUCCUUUUUCUGUUACCCAAGGUGGUAUUGUUGCCGCCAUGCCUGGCGGCUCUUUGAUCGGCGCUCUAGUCUCCGGCUGGCUCUCCGACCGCAAUGGCCGAAAGAAGGCCAUCAUGAUUGGUGCUCUUGUUUGGAUCCUCGGUUCCAUCAUUGUCUGCGCUUCGGUUCACCUAAGCAUGCUCGCCAUUGGGCGUUUCAUCAACGGCUUUGCUGUCGGUAUUUGCUCGGCCCAGGUCCCCGUCUACAUCAGCGAGAUCUCUCCGCCGUCGAUGCGUGGUCGUCUCAUCAGCCUGCAGCAGUGGGCUAUCACCUGGGGCAUUCUUAUCAUGUAUUUCAUUUGCUUUGGGUGCGCCUACAUCGAAGGGAGCGGCGCUUUCCGUAUCCCCUGGGCCUUGCAGAUGCUACCCGCCAUUGGGCUUUUCGCCGGCCUUCUGCGCGAGCCCGAGUCUCCCCGGUGGCUCUUCAGCAAGGGCCGAGAGGCUGAAGCGGAGAGUGUCCUCGCUCUACUCCACGGCAACGGCAACGCCAACUCCGAUUUUGUCCGGCACGAACUCCAGCAAAUCCGGACCGCCGUACAGGAGGAACACAAACAUGCCGACGCCAGCUGGUCUGAGUUGUUCGCCUCCAACAUGCUCAACAGGAUUUCGAUCGGUAUCUUUACUCAGAUCUGGUCGCAGCUCACAGGCAUGAAUGUGAUGAUGUACUACAUUACAUAUGUCUUUACCAUGGCUGGGCUCUCAGAAUCCGGUACCAACGCUGUCCUCAUCCCCAGUAGCGUCAGCUUUGCCAUCAAUGUCAUCAUGACGUUGCCGGCCCUUCUCUGGCUCGACCGCUGGGGUCGCCGGGCGCCGCUACUUAUCGGAUCUGCAUUGAUGUGCCUCUUUCUAGUUAUCAACGCCAUCAUGUUCGGCGUCUACGGCCGCACUCCUUACCCUGGCGAAUUUCCGUCGGCGUCCGAGUCCAUGGCGGUGAGCGGGGCCCCUGCUUGGGUCAUUAUUGUGUCGACCUGCCUGUUUGUCGCCAGCUAUGCGCCGACUUGGGGCCCUGUAUCGUGGACCUACCCUCCGGAGCUCUUCCCUCUGCGCCUCCGUGGCAAGGCCGUCGCCCUCGCAACCGCGGCCAACUGGACCUUCAACUUCGCCCUUGCCUACUUUGUCCCCCCGGCCUUUGAGAAUAUCACUUGGAAGACAUACGUCAUCUUUGCCGUGUUUUGCGCCACGAUGCACCUCCACGUCUUCUUCUUCUUCCCCGAGACCGCCAACAAGUCACUCGAGGAGGUGGCCCAGAUAUUUGAUGACAAGCAGCCAGGUUCUAUCAAACAUCUCGGCACACCGGCGUGGAAGACCCGGAACACCCCGGCGGCCAUCAUGCACCAGGAUAGCCAAGACACCUCCAAAGAUACGGGGCUGGGACAGGUGCAUCAGGAGGGCCUGAAGCAACGGUAUUAG